GAUCUUAUCGCUUACUAUCCUCUAAACGAGGAAUUUAAAGCAAGAGAAAUUGACGAUAAGCAACCGGCUGGAGUUUUAGGGCAGGUGGAGCUCACAACCGGACCCCAUGGAGAAACCAAUGGAUCCUACCAGUUUUCAGGCAACCCAAACAGUUUCAUAGAGUUCCCAAAUGACGGAGGACUGGACACCCUACACUCUAUAACGCUGAUGUGCUGGGUUCAGCCCGGUGGUCGAGACGGACCGCUCUUUAACUACAAGAACUCCGGUGCUUGGGGAGUCCAUAUUUGGAUAGUUAACGGCAAGUUCUUUAACAGGAUCACCAAAUACCCAAAUCAUGCGUUUUUCGAUGCCAUAUUGACUGAUCAGGCACUUCCAGUGGGACAGUGGGCCCAUGUUGCGGCAACUUAUGAUCACAUCACUGGAGUCAACUCUUUGUACGUCAAUGGCCAUUUGUCUAAAACAAAAUACAUCGGCAAAACUGACAGGAUAUCGACCAACGACGGGCAAGUACGAAUGGGCGUUAAGAUUGGCGACUCCAGAUACUUUAAUGGCAAAAUAGCUCAAAUGAAAGUUUUUGACGUUGCUCUAGAUGAGGCCGACAUACAAGCUGCCAUGAAUGAAGGUAACGCACUUCAAAAGAAACAUGCCUUUUUUAAUUUGAUGAAAAGUUUCGUCCACUAGCUUCCUGAUUCAAAUAUUCAAGUUAUUGUAGCGAAGUUGGGGUUUAUGGAGGUCAGGGUCAUUCUGCGACAUUUUCCAUAUUUAAAUAUAAUUUAUUUUUAUAGGACUACUAGCUUUCCAGUAACUGCCAAAAACAAAUUCGAUUCUGUUGCUCUUACGACCACUAACUCUUAAUCUAUUGCCAAAAAAGUAUGAUUCUUUUACCCCUAAAAAUACUGGCUCUUCCCCUUUGCUAAAAUGUAAAGAAAUUUACCAUGAGUGAUUGUUUUAAAGGAACUCUACUGAUUCUAAAAUAACCCUGGAAAGUAGUUUGUUUCAGUCCUGUCACAUUCCCUCAAAACUGUUCCGCAUAUCAGUACAGCAAUUAAUUCCUUUUUUGCUUUCGUGUUUUGAGGUCAUCUUAUCGCUUACUAUCCUCUAAACGAGGAAUUUAAAGCAAGAGAAUUUGACAAUAAGCAGCCAGCUGGAGUUUUAGGGCAGGUGGAGCUCACAACUGGACCCCAUGGAGAAACCAAUGGAUCCUACCAGUUUUCAGGCAACCCAAACAGUUUCAUAGAGUUCCCAAAUGACGGAGGACUGGACACCCUGCACUCUAUAACCCUGAUGUGCUGGGUUCAGCCCGGUGGUCGAGACGGACCGCUCUUUAACUACAAGAACUCCGGUGCUUGGGGAGUCCAUAUUUGGAUAGUUAACGGCAAGUUCUUUAACAGGAUCACCAAAUACCCAAAUCAUGCGUUUUUCGAUGCCAUAUUGACUGAUCAGGUACUUCCAGUGGGACAGUGGGCCCAUGUUGCGGCAACUUAUGAUCACAUCACUGGAGUCAACUCUUUGUACGUCAAUGGCCAUUUGUCUAAAACAAAAUACAUCGGCAAAACUGACAGAAUAUCAACGAACGACGGGCAAGUUCGAAUGGGCGUUAAGAUUGGCGACUCCAGACACUUCAAUGGCAAAAUAGCUCAGAUGAAAGUUUAUGACGUUGCUCUAAAUGAAGUCGACAUUAAAGCUGCGAUGAAUGAAGGUAACGCGCAGUUUAAGAAAUAUGUCUUC